ACAGAAUUGAAACACGAUGAACACCAUGUGGUUUGCUUUGUGUCUGACUUAUCUGUUCUUGGGCAGAAUAGCGCCAUCGACUGUUUGGAAAACGUCUACAUAUGUCCGUCAAGACAGUGGUUUUCUAUCAGCUAAUCGAGGUGACAACGUGACCCUGCACUGCUUCUAUAGAGGUGAUGCAGUGAUGUUUUACUGGUAUAAGCAAACUCUGGGGCAGAAACCACGGCUCCUCUCUACCUACUUUAAACGUGAUAAAAGUGGCAUCUUUCAAAAUGAAUUCAAGAACGAUUCUCGCCUCGCCCUGGACACAGGAAAUGGCAAUAAUCACUUGACAAUCUCGGAUUUGCGCAUUUCAGACUCAGCUACUUACUACUGCACAGGUUGCUAUGUGUAUGACUUUGAAUUUGCAGAGGGCAUUACUGUCAGUGUGAAGGGUUCAGGUUUGAACAUCCCUGCAUUGGUUCAUCAGUCAGCAUCUGAGAGCAUCCAGCCAGGAGGCUCUGUGAACUGUACCGCACACACUGGGAUCUGUGAUGGAGAACACAGUGUUUACUGGUUCAGACACUCCGAAGGAUUGCAUCCAGGACUCAUGUACACCCAUGGAGGCAGGAACGAUCAGUGCGGGAGGAAAAACAACACACAAACACACACCUGUGUCUACAACUUGCCAAUGAAAAGCCUGAAUCUUUCUCAUGCUGGGACCUACUGUGCUAUUGCUUCGUGUGGACACAUGCUGUUUGGGGAGGAGAAAAAGUUGGAUUCAGAGCGAAAGGGUGACUAUUCUGUCUUGGUGUAUUGCUUGAUUGGAGCUUUGACAUUCAGCACCAUCCUAGUGGUUUUACUGGCGUAUGCAGCAUAUACAUUGAAAAAAAGACACAGAUGCGGAUGUACGGACUCACAAUCUUCAGCUUCCUUGAGUCCAAAUGCAGGGAACAACCAAGAUUCAGACAACCUCCAUUACGCUGCUCUGAAGGAAUUCAGGCCCAAUUGGUCACCAAGACAGACGGACGACACUCAAAGUGAAUGCGUGUACUCAGGUGUUAGGCAGUAGGAGCUUGAAAUAUUGCAUUUGGACUUGUUCAAAAGAAAAUGUGUCUACUAAUCUAUGUAAAGUAAUUUUUAUUAAAACAUGAGCACUGUUGUCAGAAUUCACCUCAAUAUACUGAAUGUCAAGUUUUGCCUUGCAAUAAACAUGUAAAAUGCUGUUUUCACCAACCAAGCUUUCUUGUCACAGUAUGACGUGGGCUCUCAAAUGUGCCAUCUUUCUACCCCCAGUAUAACUGACAUUCACAAUGUGCAAACACAACCACACACAACAUACCUCU